CUUCUACCCAUGUUGUCACUCUAUCUACUUUCUCUAUAAAUAUAUACCAACAACAAACUGCUUCAAAGCAUAGCAAGCAGAACAUAGAAAAAUAACACACACAAACAGAGCUUAGUCUAAGUCUCUUAGCAAACAGGGGCAACCUGAACUUAAGAACACACAACCAUGGCAAAGAACAUGAACGCUCUCCUCCUUGCGCUUCUUGCUGCAACCACCUUGUUCCACGCCGCAUCAGCUCAGACCAGACACUUUGUGGGUGACUCCACCGGCUGGACCAUCCCUACCGGCGGCGCUUCAUUCUACACCAACUGGGCUGCUAACAAAACUUUCUCCGUCGGUGACACUCUCGCGUUCAACUACGCAGCAAGUGCACACAACGUAGAGGAAGUGACAAAGGAAAAGUAUGAUUCUUGCAACUCAACAUCUCCAAUUGCAACUUACACCACCUCACCUGUGACAGUCACCAUUAACAAUACCGGUGCUCAUUACUUCAUCUGCGGCGUUACCGGCCACUGCCUCGGCGGUCAAAAGCUCUCCAUCAAUGUCACUGGUGGCAGCAGCACUGCCACUCCUCCUUCAUCCACCGCUACUCCCCCUUCAUCAUCCACCACUCCUUCACCACCAUCAUCCACCACUCCUUCACCAUCAUCCACUGUUGCCCCUCCUCCUAAGGACUCCGCCGCCGUGUCUCUUGGUGCUGCUGGAGUGGUUGCCAGCACGGGGAUGACAAUCGCCGCGGUUUUUUUCUUCUAGAGAGAUCGUAGCUAGUAUGAUUGUUGUCUCACUUGUGUGAUUCUAUUUUGCUCUUGUAUUUUAUCACAAAUUCAGUUUUUUUUUUGGGGUUAGACAUUUUACAAUAAAUUUUAAUUUUUCAGUUCAUCUUUCUUCAAAAAUAAAAAGAUUUUUCAGUUC